AUGGUCGAAAACAUUACAGAACCUAUUACUUCAAAUCUAUUGURUCCAAUCUCGGUAGAUUAUGACCCAUUCAACACCAGCAAGUAUCCUAAGCCAGCUAUGCCAACAUGGGUAUUAACUAAUAUCAUCAGUUUUGUCGUCGCUUUUCCAACAUUUUACAUCAAUCUGUUGGUUAUUUGGACCAUACUUGAAAAAGAGAACCUCAGAUCGACCAGCUAUAACCUACUGCUUGCCAUCCUUUCCCUGACUGAUUUGCUGGUGGGACUUGUGGUACAACCACUAUUUAAUAUUGCUCAUCUUUGWGGUUUAUUGAGAUGUGCUUACUCUUGUGACUUGGUUGUUGUCUACUCCAUUGCAGUUUUUGUUUGUGUUGGAUGGUCUGUUUCCUCCUUAACGAUGAUCAGCGUGGAAAGAUACUUAUCCAUAGAACAUCCACUGUACUACAGGGCACAAGUCAAUACCAAGAAACUGAUAAUAGCGACUGCAGUAAUGUGGAUUUUGAUGCCACUGUUUCUUGCGGUGAGUAGAUUUCAAUCCAACUACUCUUACAAGAUAARGCAAGCUCCGAUAGGAGUGACUUUCGGUCUAAGCGUUAUAAUUAUCUUCUUCUGCCUGACAAAAGUAAACCUAACAGCCCGUCGUCAGAUGAGAGCCAUCAACGUCCAACAAGUAGCCGUACARCAGACAACAACCAAGAACAGAAUCAAGGAAUACAAACGUACUUUUGCACUAGGGAUUUUAGCACUAGCGUCUGUAGUCUUUUACCUUCCAACAUUCAUCGUCAAAAUUAUUGGCGUUACCAAAGGAUUAGAAUGGAAUGAGGACUUCAAAUACAUAUCCCAACACAUCUUUUUGACAUUCAUUCACCUUCAGUCCCUCGUCAAYCCUCUCAUCUUAUCUCUUCGUCUUUCGUAUAUCCGUGCUGGUGUCACGAAGAAACUCCGGUGCUAG